UAACGGAUAAUCCUCUCUUUCAAUUUCCAACCUCUCACUUUCUCUCCUUUUCUCUCGAUCCAAACACACCAAAAAGAAAAGGAAAAUAAAAAUGCAAAUCAAUUUUCUCUCUUCCUUCCCUAUAACUUAACAAAAAAGAAAGAAAAAGAAAAAAUUUCCCGGAAAAUUCACUCUCAUUUUCUCUCCAUCCAACCACAAUGGCUGCCGUUACUUCAGUAUCAUUCUCUGCGAUUUCCCAAUCUUCGAGCGACAGAAGGGCUUUCUGUACAGCAGCGCGUAAUUUAGGUUUUGAAGGCUUCCGGUUUCGGUCCAGUUUUUCGUGUCAUUAUGUCGGCGUUAGAGCUUCGAAUUCGACUUCCCGUAUGGUUAUCCAUUGCAUGUCCACUUCUACUGAUGUGCCACCAACGGUAGCUGAUACCAAGUUGAAUUUCUUGAAGGCUUAUAAGAGACCGAUCCCGAGUAUCUAUAACACGGUUCUGCAGGAGUUGAUAGUGCAACAACAUUUGAUGAAGUAUAAGAAGACUUUCCGUUAUGAUCCUGUGUUUGGUCUUGGUUUUGUUACUGUGUAUGAUCAACUCAUGGAAGGGUAUCCGAGUGAUGAGGAUCGAGAGGCCAUUUUUCAGGCUUACAUUAAGGCAUUGGAGGAGGAUCCGGAGCAAUACAGAAUAGAUGCAAAAAAGCUUGAAGAAUGGGCUCGGGCUCAGACUCCUAGUUCAUUAGUUGACUUUUCAUCCAGGGAAGGAGAAAUUGAGGGGACAUUAAAGGACAUUGCAGAAAGAGUUGCGAGUGGGAAUUUCAGCUACAGCCGUUUCUUUGCUGUUGGGUUAUUUCGCCUUCUUGAGCUGUCAAAUGCUAGUGAACCGACAGUACUAGAAAAGCUUUGUUCAGCACUAAACAUCAAUAAAAGAAGUGUGGAUCGGGACCUUGAUGUAUACCGGGGCCUUCUUUCUAAAUUGGUUCAAGCAAGAGAGUUGCUGAAGGAGUAUGUAGAUAGGGAAAAGAAGAAACAAGAGGAACGUGCAGAAUCACAGAAGGCUAGUGAGACUGUAACAAAAUGUUUGGGAGAGCCUCAAUUUGUAGGACAGUAGUUCAAUCAGCAUAGCAGCUCUCACCUCACAGAUCAAAUUAUAUGAGGCUCCACUAUCGUCACUCCUCUCUCUUUUAAGGUACACUUGAAAGACUUCACUGUUUCAGCAAACCAUAUGACAGCUUAUGGAUUUGCAUUCUUAAGUCUGCUGUUUUGGAUAUGGUGAUCAAGAUACGUUUCCCCUUUGUUUCCCAUGUUUAUAUACUUGUUUCUUCUAUUUCAAACAAUUUUAUUUUUUAUUUUUUGUACCACAAAUGUUUCCUGCUAUUAAAUACUCCGUUGCAAAUA